CAGUCCCGCGGAACAUCCUGCAAACACAUCUGAGACUCGGAACAAAAGUCUGAACAGUUUCUCCCCCUGCGAGCUGAGAGACGCACCGCCUCCGAUCCACCGCAGCUCUCGUGUUCGUGCCGGCAUGGCUCAUUGUUUGAUCUCCAAAAAAAAGUGCCAACACUUUAGCUGAAGUCGUGUAGUUGUUGUGGAACAGUUGAUCGGCUCUGCAGGUCGUUGCCCCUCGUCUCUUGGACCUAUGUGUUUAUGUUUGGACGCGCGGCGGUGGGACAUCCGGAAUGGGGAAUCCGUAGGAGGAGACGACGCUCGCUGGUGUGCUGUCUGUAGAUAAGAGCGCGAGCGCACCAAUGCGCGCACGCACAGAAAACGCACAUAAGCACGAGAUGGACUUGAAGAAGACAAAAUUGGGAAGGUUCAUGAACUGCAGGGUGCCAGCCAGUAAGAGAUACCAGCCCACUGAAUAUGAACAUGCUGCGAACUGUGCCACACACGGGUUCUGGAUCCUCCCCAGUCUGUUGGGUGGGUCUGUCCUCUACUUCCUGUCUGUGGAUCAAUGGCAUCGUGUUGCUGCCUGGCUCUAUGGGAGCGGUCUCACCGGCCUGUUUGUCACCUCAACACUCUUCCACACUGCUGCCUGGAAAAUCAGCCAUCUCCGGUGUGUGAAGGUGGAGCAGCGUUUCCACAUGUGUGACAGGAUGGCCAUCUACUUUUUCAUCGCAGCCUCCUAUUCUCCCUGGUUGAUGCUGAGGGAGCUGGGGCCCUGGGCGUGCCACAUGCGCUGGCUGAUCUGGGUCAUGGCUUGUGUAGGAUCCAUGUAUGUCUUCUUUUUCCAUGAGAGGUACAAGCUGGUAGAGUUGCUUGGAUAUGUGGCCAUGGGAGCUGUUCCUGCUUUGGUCAUCCUGUCUAUGGUGGACCGUGCAGGCGUGUGUGAACUGGCUGUGGGAGGUGUCUUCUAUGUGGUGGGCGUGGCAUUCUUCAAGAGCGAUGGCCUCGUUCCCUUCGCCCACGCCAUCUGGCACCUUUUCGUUGCAGUCGGAGCAAGCGUUCACUAUUACGCCAUCUGGAGGUACCUGUAUGUACCUGCACCUCUGCUGCAGACAUCGAGGUGAUUCACCGUUCUCACCUGAGAUCACAUGGUUCGAACCAAAAAGAAGAGAUACUUUCAGAUAGGAGAUAAGAGAUGGUGCUGAGAUGAUCUGACCGCUACAGAUCAGAUGAAAUUCUCCCUAACUAGGACCAAAUAUUCUCACUGUCUAACUAAAAGUCACUACAACAUGUUAAUCAUAUAACAGACUGACCGGUGAACAUUUAGCCUGGCUCAAUCAAACUUGUGACAACUGAUUACAAAGUAUCACCUGCUGAUGAGACCAGUUAUUUUUACGGUGACGUGCCAAUCAAGCUGGUCUGAAUGGCCAGAUGGACUGCCAAUCAAUACAGACAGAGAUUUAGAAUUAAUCUUCCAUUUGUGUUCAUCACUGUAAGGGGGAUGUUUGCACAGAUAUGCCAACACGUGUCCCUGGAAGAUUUUGUCUAGUUAAAGGAAUAGUUUAAAAUUUUGGGAAUUGCACUUAUUUGCUUUCUUGCUAAGAGUUAAAUGAGAUGAUUGACCUCCUUGUCUAACAACUCUUGUUAAAUGUUGAGCUGUAGCUAAUAGAGGUUUAGCUUAGCUUAGCUUAGCAUAAAAAUGUAAAAUGGAGGGAAGCAGCUAGCCUGACUCACUCUAAAGUUAUCAAAAUCUGCUAUUUGCACCUUUUAAAGUUCACUAAUUAACAUGCUGUAUCUCAUUUCUCUAAUUCAUGCAAAAAGACAUGUUGCAGUUUUAUACAAAGGAAUAUUUCUUGGCUCAGUUUCUCAGUGACUUUCUGAGGUCUCCAUCUGUUGUCAGGAAGUCAUGGCUAUGCUAAGAGCUAAUAUGUUAACCAACUGCUGUUCAUAUGUAAUGUACAGACAUGAAUGUCAUCAAUCUUCUCAUCGAACUCUCUGAAAGAGAGCAAAUAAGCUUACUUUACUGAAUGUCAAACUAUUCCUUUAUACAUACUUCUGUUUAAUGGAACUAACAACAUACAGUCUGUGACUCUGUCUACUAAACUAUGCUAGGCCAGUAAACUCCAACCACAAGUGAUGUGCCAAAACUUACUAUGCAGGCAUUCCUUUAUAUUGGUGCUAACCCUAUAUUUUAAUCAGUGUCACAACUGUAGCGAUUUUAUUUUACUCAUGUCCAUUUUUUCAUAGCGACAAUAUAUGAAAAUUCAAAGUUGGCAACACAGCCAACAAAUUCUUCAGUAAAUUAAGUGAAUUCUUUACGUUGGGGCUAUUCUUUUUUGUUACUAUGGUUUUAGACGGUUUUAAUUUAAACUUUAAACUCUGUUCAACAUCUUUAUUGUUACUGGUUUCAUAAACAAACAUACUCAUCUUUGGCUGUCUUUAAACAGUCAACAGCAUUAAUAACACUAGUGGGACACACUGACAUGAAUUAGCAGUCAGUCUGAAGGCAGACUGUAAUUAAAACUCAAACAAGUUGACCUUUGUUGAGGACAACCAGGAUCAGUAGAACUGGCCUGGUUGUGUUUCUGUUGUGAUUUUAUAAUCGUCAUGAAUCGAUCACUAAAAAGAUUCUCAUGAUUUUCUGUAAUGUGAUUUAAAAGAAGAAAAGUCAAAUCAAUGUGUCAAAUACUCAAUUCAUAAAGUAUGGUUGUCAGAAAUGUAGAGUCUAUCCUCACACUGCUUUUUGUCAAGGUUAUAUGUAUUGAUUAUCUUUAUGACUACCAGCUGUUUUGUUUAAAUGAUGCACUCUUACCCUUGAGCACUUUUCUAUCGACAAAUAUACUUUCCUGAAACCUUCCAAAUGACAGAAUUAACAUGUGGACAUGUUAUGAAUGCAGAUUAUAUAUGCAAACUUCCAUUUUUACUUCUAUGCUUUGUCUGCACUGUUUAGAUCAAAAAGGUUUUUCUUAACCAGUCGUAGUUAAACAGUUUCUGUUUGAAAUUUCUGAACAGAGCACUUACUCAGGAAGUGAGCUUUUUUUGUAAAUCAGAUGAUCUAUUUUGUAAAAAUGUAUUUCUGAGAAAUCACUGAAUUAAAUCAGACACAAUA